CUUCAUGGUCACUGCCCUGCCCAGGAUCGACAGCCAGGGCCUGGAGCAGCCCCACCCCCGAGACCACCACAUCCACGCAGGCGUUGACCCUGAGCAGCAGCAUAACGCAGCAUUCAGCAGCACCUCCCAUGCACCCUACAGCCCUCUUCACCCCAACAUCCUGCUUCUGCUUCCACCACUGCGCAGUAAGGAGCUCAGGAAACACAGGUUCUCUCGAUUUGGAACGCCCAGUCCUUGGGAUGUCCCGGUGUCCACUGAGGAGAGUGAAGUCUACAGCACACAUUCCAGCUUCCAUCCCAAGAGAAAAGCAAGGGCCGGGUUUGAUGAAGAGCUCCCAUUAUGACCCCAACAACAGCAGGCUGGCUCCUCUAAGAGGAAAGGACUUUAACCGCAGGACUGGGGGACUGGGGGACUGGGGGGUAGAGGACGUGAAGCUCUGGUCAUAUGUCACUCGGCUGUUUGGCCUGAAACAGUGUUGGCUUGCUUGUCCAGUGGAAGUCUCAGGAUGCCUGCUUGCCUCUCUUGAGCGAGGUUGCUGGGCCCCAGGUGCACCCAUGUUGGGCCUGAGAGGGAAGAAAAUAACAAUGCUAAUAGCCUGCAUUAUGAAGACUUUUCUCCCCCUCUCACUGUCCCUAUUGUCCCUGCACUCAAAAGAUGGAGGAGUGCUCAGACUGCCAAAGAGAUGGCAUUCACUGGAGCCUGCUGAGACACUGAGGAAGGGCUCCUUGCAAGUUUUGCCUGCAGCAAAGAGUUACAGUACUUCAGAGGCUUGUCCCCUGCAUGAGCAAGCCUUCAUGAUACUUACCUUCUCCUCUAUAACAGAAGACUGAUUCAUUCCAGGGGAAAUGCCACUAAGCCCUGAAGAAGGCUGCUUUUGAAGCAUUGUCUGAAAGAGUAGUUCUGGAGAUAAUGAUUUGGGAAUGUCUGUUUAUGGGGCCUCUCGAAAAAUGCAAUUCUGUUGUGUUCACAUUUUAGGGAAUUGAAUGUAUGUUAGUUGAUACCUGUUUUGCUCCAUUGGUCAUAUGUGUACAUGCACAACUCUUAAAAGCUGGCGGUACUUUUUAUGUGUGCAUUAUGUAUGCAUAUUAGUAACACUGAGUGUGUUUUAAUUCCCCUGUGUACUGGGUUCUGAAGAAUGGGCCUUAGCUCUGCAUUUGAAAUUCUUUGCUCAUCGGAUUGCUUACAGGAGAAUGGACAACAAAUGUACAUAUCAGCUGAGAAAUGCAUUUUCUAUUUGAGGUCGAACAGCAGAGCUUUAUGUGAAUCUCAGUGCAUUCUACAUAAACAAUAAUGUAUUCAAGCUGUAUAUUUAAUUUAAUUUAAGCCAUGCCCAAUUCUUUAAAAUAAAAUGUUUU